AUGACAUAUGCCUUGGCACUCUUUUUCUUUCCUUUUCUUGAGUUUUUCGUUCCCCCCAAUUUUCCCAUUCGGAAGAUGCAUUAGAAAUGGUGUUCUGGCGAUCUUCUGUCCUAUUGUAUGACUCUCUUCUCAUCAGAUGUGGAUUUGUUCACCCUGGAAGACACUUUGUUCGGUUUCUCAUUCCCGGCCGGUGGAUACGGUUUGGGAACUAUCUAAGCAAUGCGAAAGAUUACGAAGCCCCUGAGGGACCCUUGGCUGUGUGGGCUUUAUCAUGCAUGGACACUAGCGGCAUCUGCACCUACCUUUUAAGGGUAUGUCACUGGGGGAAUAUAAGCCAAUCAAUUUUCGAGACAAAGGAUAGCCGUUUUGGCCAGACAUCCGAGAGUGCAGCAGAACCUGAAUUCAUCUUUCGAGGCAUGGACUCGGGAGCACUGUCGCUUCACCAUUGUAGUAGAGCGUUUCCUCCCUCUCUCUUCCCCCAUGGCCGUUCCAAGCUUUCUGGAUUUCGCCCCAAAUUGCAGUCUCUUCUCAAGAGACGCGGCAGAGUCCUUCCUGCUUAUGCUCUGCCCCCUCCCCCUUUUUCUUCCCCGGCCCCUUCCCCACUCAACUUGGAUCUCGCAACUUGUCUUAUGAGGAACACCGCAACCACCGGACUUUCCUCCAAUGUUCUCCCCACGCCCAACUAGCAUUCCUAGCUGAUUACAGAUGUCGUGAAGCGGGAGGGCAUCCCUACGGCGAAAGAUCGCGGUACUUAUCUUUGUGGUUCCAUCGACUCCCCGAACCGUCCGAGUCUAGCGUCGAAUCAUUGUCUGGUUCCGCGUUUCCUUCCCAUGCAUGGAGUGAGCUCCAACUCCUAAACAAGCCAUGUCGCAGCCUCGGCGGCAAGGUAGCGACAAUACCAGCGUCAACCAGCUACCUGCACCCCUUCCCAUUCCGCCUGCAUCCAAGCAUCAGGUCCUGGUUCACCCGCC